GCGUCAACGUUAAGCUACUGAUACGAUCAAGAAAGCAGUUAUAUAUAAGUAAUUCUGAGAGUUGUAAAUAAAAUACUCUGAAUUGCUUUUGUCGGGAAGUUGUUGGUGUAGCUAAAAUUCAGAAUUGGGUUCGACUAAACAUGGCCAGCCUCACUGAUCGUGGGACUGGCUUUGCUGCUUGGGCUAGACAGCCAAAUGCCUUUACUUCAUUAUUAUCUGGUCAGCCUGCCUCAAGUCCCUUCUCCUCCGCAACCUCUUACAAUUUAUUUGCUUCUCAGACACCAGUCUUUGCUUCUGCAGCCUUUGGUGCAUCAACUAUUCCUGCAUUUGGUUCAUCAGUUUUUGCAGCACCAUCCUCUGCAAGUCCUUUUGGCAAUUCGCCUGCAAAUCCCUUCUCCUCAGGCUUUGAAGCAUCAGCUGCUCCUGCAAUCAGUUCAUCACCGUUUCAGACAUCUGCAUGCCACUGUGGGACUAUAUCGUCAUCUACAUCUUGUGUAUUUAGAACAGCGUCAUCCUCUGGAUUUGGGGCCAAUAGCUCUAAACCUCCUUUUGGUGCAUCAAGUUCACCUAUAUUUGGAUCAUCCCCUUCUGUGUUUAGUUCUAGUUUUUCAUUCUCUACAAACCCAUCUGGGACAACAUCUUCCCAACCUAUUUUUGGAACAACCUCAGCCCCUCUAUUUGGAGCUAGUAUCUCUCCAUCGCCUUUUGGUGUUCCCAGCUCAUCUAUCUCAUCUACAUUUGAAUCAGUACCAACAAAUACCAUGUCAACCCCAUUAUUUGGAUCAGUCUCUGCCCAAUCCCCAUUGUCUCAGUCAGUUGCACCAUCCUUUCAGAAGCAGACAAAUGAUGAAUUCGAACAGAGUACUUUUUCAUUCACACCAGGUAUUGUUCCUUCCUUUGUUCCAACAAGCAUGUCCGGCACUGCAUCAACUGGAAAUGAAUGUGGAGGAAAUUUGUUCGCAAGAACACAGUUCGGGAGUCCUACAAGCCCAGCUGGUUUUAGUCAGACUAUUUUAUGCGAUAUGCAGCCUUCUACCAUUGCUCCUUUUCAGCAAGUUCAAACUGCUCAUACUACAGGUGUUCCUAUAGGCAACUUUAGCCAGUCAGUAACAGGUUCAAAUGGUUUUCUAGGUAUUGCCAUAAUUCCUACUUGGAUUCCUUUUGGUCAACCGGUUACUUCACCUCCUGGUUGGAUUACCUCUGGUCAAUCAAUUACUUCUCCUUCGACAUGUUACAAUCCAUAUCACAGACAAGGAACUGAGACCGUGACAUCAUCAUUUGGAAGUGCUAAUUUUGGACAGUCAGCCUUUGGUAGUCAGCAUGGAGGAAACAGAGGAGCGGUCUACACUAAAACAGAUCACGAAGAAGAUGGUGUAAAGCUAGGGUCAAUAGCAGCUAUGCCUAUUUACGAAAAUAAGAGCCAUGAAGAACUCCGGUGGGAGGACUACCUGUCAGGAGAUAAAGGUGGGAUUGGCUUUGGUGCCUCAGCUACACAGUCAAACCGCUUUACGGCUUCAUAUUUAUCUGGUCAGCCAGCUUCGAGUCCCUUCUACUCAACCUCUUCCAGUUUUUUUGUUUCCCAAACACCAGCCUUUGCUUCUGCAGGCUUUGGAGCAUCAAGCACUCAUGGGCUCGUUUCAUCAGUUUUUGCACCAUCAUCUUUCGCAAAUCCUUUUGGCCAGUCAUCUGCAAAUCCCUUCUCGUCCUCAAACCCUUCCAACCCGUUUACUUCUAAGACACCAACCUUUGGCUCUACUGUUUUUGAAGCAUCAACUGCUCCAGCACUCAGUUCAUCACCCUUUCAGACAUCUGCAUGUCAUUGUGGGACUAGAUCAUUAUCUACACCUUGUGUAUUUGGAACAGCUUCAGCCUCUGGAUUUGGGACCAAUACCUCUAAACCUCCUUUUGGUGCAUCAAGCUCGCCUAUAUUUGGAUCAUCUCCUUCUGUCUUUAGUUCUAGUUUUUCAUUCUCUACAAACUCUUCUGGGACAACAUCUUCCCAACCUAUAUUUGGAACAUUGUCAGCCCCUGUAUUCCCAGCAAAUAACUCUUCGUCUCCUUUUGGAGCACCCUACUCAUCUAUCUCAUCAAGAUUUGGUUCAGUACCGAUGAACAUUGUACCACCCCCAUUAUUUGGACCGAUCACUGGUCAAUCCUUGUUGCCUCUGCAAACUGCCCCCUCCUUUGGGAAGACAAAUGCUGCAUUCGGAGAGAGUACUUUUUCGUUCACUCCAAUUAUCGCCCCCUCCUUUGGUCCAUUAAGCAUAUUCAGCACUGCAUCAACUGGAAAUCAAUCUGGAGGAAAUUUGUUCUCAAGCACACAAUCUGUGUGCGCUAAAAGCCCGUCUGGUUUUGGUCAGAUGACUCCUUCUACCACCGCUCCUUUUCAGCCAGUGCAAACUGCGAAUGGUGUUCUUAUAGGUAACUUUGGCCUGUCAUUAGCAGGUUCGUAUGGCUUUCCGGGCAUUGCAAUACUUCCUGAUUGGAUUGCUUUUAAUCAACCAGUUGCUUCACCUCCUGGUUGGAGUACCUCUGCUCAACCGAUGGCUUCACCUAUGACUUGUUACAAACCGUAUUACGGACAAGAAGCUGAGACCAUGACACCAUCAUUUGGAAGCUCUAAUUUUGGACAGUCAGCCUUUGGUAGUCAGCGUGGAGGAAGCAGAGUUGCGGCCUAUACUACAACAGUUCACGUAGUAGAUGGCAUAAAGCUAAACUCAAUAUCAGCCAUGCCUAUUUACGUGAGUAAGAGCCCUGAAGAACUCCGCUGGGAAGACUACCUGUCUGGAGAUAAAGGUGGGAUUUUCUUUGCUGCCCCUGCAACACAACCUAACUGCUCAAGUGCUUCAUAUUUAUCUGGUCAACAAGGUUCAAGUCCCUUCUCCUCCACCUCUUCCAAUUUAUUUGCUUCCCAAACACCAUCCUUCGUAUCAACCACACCUGGGCUCAUUUCAUCAGUUUUUGCGGCACCAUCCUUUGCAAGUCCUUUUGCCCAGUCAUCUGCAAAUCCCUCCUCCUCCUCAACCACUUCCAAAUCCAAUCCAUUUACUCCUAUGACAGCCUUUGGCUCUUAAGGCAUUGGUGUGGUGUUUGCAUGACCUUUUGGGACUAUAUCAUCAUUUAUACCUAGUAUUUUGAAUAACAUCAGCUUCUAGGUUAGGGUCUAAUAGCUCUCAACCUCCUUUUGGUGCAUCAAGCUCACCUAUAGCUAUAUUGUGAUCAUCGGUUUCUGUCUUUUGUUCUUGUUUGUCAUUCUCUGCAAACUGUUCUGGAACAUCUUUCCAAAUUCCAACCUAUAUUUGGAACAGCCCUCAAUCCCUAGAUUUGGAGCUAAUAGCUCUCCAUCUCUUCUUGGUGUACCCAACUCAUCUAUCUCAUCUACAUUUGGUUCAGUUCCACUGAACAGUGUGUCACCUCUACUAUGUGGAUCAGUCUCUGCCCAAUCCCUGUUGUCUCAGUCAAUUGCACCCUUCUUUGGGCAAUCAACUGCUGUAUUUGGACAGUACUUUUUCGUUCAUUCCAAUUAUUGCCCUUUUGGUACAUCAAACACAUCCGACACUACAAUUGCAAAUGGAUCCGGAGGAAAUUCGUUCUCUAGCACACAAUUCAGGUGCCCUACAUGCCCUGCUGGUUUUGAUCAGAGUAUUGUUCUUAUGCUCUGACUUCUCUUCAUAUGAUUGAGGCUACAUUUUUCAUUCUACAUCAUAUGAUGUGCAGCUUUCUGUCUUCGCCCUUUUUAAGCCAGUGCCAACUGCUCUACUGCAGGUGUUCCUUCAGGCAACUUUGACUACUCAAUAGUACAGGAUGGCUUUUGGGGCAUUGCAAUACUUCUGGUUGGAUUGCUUGUUGUCAACCCUUUGGUCAGCUGAUUGCUUCACCUGCGACUUGUUGCAUUUCAUAUUACAAACAAUGUUUUCUAAUCUUAUUUGCUUAGUAGAAGUGGUAUGAACUCAGUUCUUCAGGACAGGCAUAACUUUUAUACAUGGUUUAGUUGAAUCUUGGUUCGAUAAUCACCCAAGUGUAUCGAGUGUUUUUUCAUGUGGAAUCCUUGGUUAAUGGUUAGAGGUAUAGGGUAGUGAAUGUAUUAUUGGCUAUCAACCAUUGUUUCUGUUUUAAAAUUUUUUUAACCUCUGUUUUUAC